GUUAACAGCUGACACCUGACAUGUCUUUCUGCAAACUGCAACGGAUUUCUAAGCUUGAAAGAAUAACCUUACUUUUAUUUAUCUUUUCUAAUAAUUUUUUAACUCAAUAAACAAUAAAUUAUCAACUAAUUUGUUAUAUCAAGUAUCUAACAUUACAGAUUUACAAAAGACAAGAACAUGAAUUGUUCUACGUUUUUAGAUCUGCAUUGGAUGUGUCUGGAGUAGCACAGCCAGCUCGAUUCUGAUGUAAAAGUACCAAAUACGUACCUUAUUUCAAAAUGAUUUGUCAAUUCUACACGGAUAAGCAAAUACAAAAUGUCAUCUACCUUGGAGUGUGUUUCUUGGUUCUGUUUGCUGCAGAUUACACUGUAACUAAUAUGCAGAAAACUCUUAUCAGCAGCAUCCACGAUGAAAACCCUGACUUCACCGUUGAAGGCUACACAAGUUUGGGAUUAACUUACACUGUAUUCUCUUUGAGCUUAUGGUUUGGCCCAUCCCUAGUAUCAGUUCUUGGUAUAAGAACUUCCAUGGCUGUUGCAGCAUUUUUUUACACGCUCUACAUUUUAGCAUUCAAUGUUGAAGAAGCUUGGGCAAUUUACACGGUUGUUGUAUUUGGAGGAAUUGCCGGUGGAAUACUUUGGACAGCAGAAGGAAACUAUCUAGUUUUAAACUCUGAUCCUCAGACAAUAUCGCGAAAUAUCUCUUUUUGGAAAUUUGUUCACGUUUUACCAAUUCGAGGAAAAUCUAUAAUAGACGGCCCCACUCGCCGGCUGGUGAUUUAUAUACUAGGAGCAUUAGCUGGUGUAUCAAGCAUUAUGUUUCUAUUUCUGAGACCAGUCAAAUCGAGAACGCCUUCAGUGAUGAAUCAACAAAUGAAGGAGGGGCCAUUAAAGGAAUUCUUCAAGACUUGGUCCUUAUUUAAAUCGAAAAAUAUGCUCAUAUUGAACAUAAUUUUUUGUUACACAGGGUUACAGCAUGCUUUUAUCUAUGCAAUUUAUAGUCCAAGCAUAGGAUUCACUGGUGCUUUCGGUAACAUCUCAAAGCAGUUAGUACCACUCUCAGGAAUAUUCAUUUCACUUGGAGAAGUGGUUGGAGGUUGCUUGCAAAUAAUUUUCAAUAGUUGUAUUGGAAAGUUGAAAUAUAAGAGGAUAGGCAUCAUAAUACUUGGUUUGAUGAUGCAGUUUUGUGCAUUCAUAAUAAUAUUUUUGAAUCUACCCGACAAUUCAGUGUUUGGGGAAACUUCUGAUAGUGCAAUAAUAGAGACGAGUGCAGUGUUGGCCAUGCUGUGCAGUUUCCUCUUGGGAUUAGGAGAUAGUUGUCUCAACACACAAAACUAUUCUAUAAUCGCUGUGAUUUUUCCCGAAGACAGUGCUCAGUCUUCAGCUCUCUAUAAAUUCAUCAAGAGCCUGUUCGUUGCUGUAGGACUGUAUACUUCAAGUCAUAUUGGGCUUUACACGCAACUUAGCAUACUGUUCCCGAUGGCAUUAAUUGGACUAGCAUCUUUCAUCAUUGUAGAUAGAAGUGUAAUUGCUGAAUCACGUAUCAGCGAACAGCAAAAUCUAUCAAAAAGGGAAACUAUUGAAAGGUUACAGGUUGAUGAAAAAUGCUUUAGAAAAUCACCGAUUUUUCAACGGUCAGUUCCUAUUCGAAUUACGGUAUCUAUUCAGAAUGAAUGUAGGAUUUUCAUAAGUGGGUUAUUAUUUAAAUACGAGCAAUUAACCAACCUUCAAACAACAGAGUGCUUAGAAAUGUGUGCGACUGUGUCAUACGGUACUGUUAAUGUUAUAUUUCUCUCUAUUUGUUUCCUGAUAUUGUUUGCAGCCGAUUUGACUAUCCAGAAUUGUGAGAAAACACUAAUUUCGAGCAUUCAUAUAGACUAUAAUGACUUCAAUGUUGAUGGGUAUCACAUAUUAUCAUUGUUGUACAUAUCUUUUGGUCUAUUCUUAUGGCUUGGACCAUCUACGGUACACUUAAUGGGACUUCGAACCAGUUUAUCGUUUGCAUCGGCUCUCUACUUAUUAUUCAUUAUGUCGUUCCUAGUGGAGAAGUCAUGGGUAUUGUACGGUGCAGCCAUUAUUGGCGGAAUCGGAGCGGGAAUUCUUUGGACAGCAGAAGGAAAAUAUAUGAUCCUAAAUUGUACUCCCGAAACAGUCGGCAGAAAUAUUGGCAUUUUCUUCGCAAUCUACAAUUUGUCAUCUCUGUGUGGCAAUGUAUUCGCCUACUACAAACUGUUUGGCAAAAGUUACAUAGACGAGGAAACGAGAACGGUGAUAAUAUCGAGCAUGGCUGGAUUAGCUGCAGUUGCCACUGUUCUGUUGGCCCUCCUGCGAAAACCACCGCAGGACAUCAGGCCUGCGCAGGCGCAGUUAGCCAAUCAGCCUGCCACACAAACAAAAAAUGCUCUGAGCGAGUUGAAGAGAACAUGGACUGUUUUCACAACUAAGGAGAUGCUCUUAUUGACCAUCACAUUUGCUUAUACAGGAAUGCAACAAGCUUUCAAUGCUGGAAUUUAUAGUCCAAGUAUAGGAUUUACCCUUCAAUUGGGGAAAACAUCCAAACAGCUCGUGCCUCUUUCUGGAAUGUUCGUCGGACUCGGACAGUUCAUAAGUGGAUUACUCCAAAUGCUGCUAGGAAAACGAUUGAGCAAAAUAGUUUGGGGCAGGAGAAUCAUGAUCUUCUGUACUGUUUCUCUGCAAUUGCUUGCUUUCGCAUUGAUCUCAAUCAACAUUCCGUCUAAAGCAGUAUUUGGCAAUACUGAGGAUGAAGCUAUAAUAAAAAGCAAUGUUCACAUAGCAAUACUGUGUAGUUUUUUACUUGGAAUAGGAGAUGGAGGACUUAAUACUCAGAAUUUUGCAAUAAUUGCAAAUAUUUUCCCAGAUGAUAGUGCUCAAUCAUUUGCUCUCUACAAAUUUACAAAGGCUAUCUUUGUGUCGAUUGGAUUUUUUGUUUCGAGUCGCUUGAAUCUCUACCUGCAGCUUCUUAUUUUAGCCACAGGUGGUAUAAUUGGAGUUGCAUCAUACUUUUAUGUUGAUUACAGUUCAACUUCUCAACAUAACAACAAAUCACUGCAGAAUGGAGAGAACAAAUCGCAAAUGUUAACAUGAAAGAAUUCUGAACCCUUUAUACAAUUCUUUAUAGUGUGAUAAGUCUCAAUAUUUCUCAGACAUUCUUGAGGUGAAUAGUCGAUACAGUCUGCUCAAAGUUGAAAUCCUAAAAAAAGUAUAUUAUAAUGUAGAAUGGUUGUACUUCGUAAAAGUAUGGAAAAUUGGUGCUCUUAAAAAUAGUAACUCGAUUCGUAACGUAUCAAACCGCUUUUUGUA